AGAUCCUAUCUGAAACAAAGACUAAAAGAUAGCUUGUCUUUGUCAUUUAAUUAAAUUUAGGUCCCCAAUAACCAGAAAACAAUGACAUGUCAACCAUAUUCACCUAUCCAUCUAGCAAUAUUUAUCAUAUUUAAGUUGCUUAAUUAAUGAAAGCAAGAAGGGAGGGAGAUUUAAGAGAAGAUGAAGAAGAUAAAUUUGUUAUUGAGGAAGUGUAAGACAUUGUCAAGACAACUAGGAAGAAGCUCAUCUUAUAGUAGUUUAAGGUCCAAGUCUACAAGAGAAGAUUUUUGGAAUGUGGAAUCUCAUAAUCAAGGUAAUAAAGAAGAUUUUGAGACAAUCCUUGUUGGCAACUCAAGAAGAAGAUAUGUUAUAAAAUCAAAAUACUUGAGCCAUCCAUUAUUGAAUGCUCUUAUAGAGAAAUCAAACCAGAAACAUGGUGAAAAAGAUCAUCUUUCAGUUAAGUGUGAAGUUGUGCUUUUUGAUCAUCUUCUUUGGUUACUUGAAAAUGCUGAUCCCAACAACCUUAAUUCUGAUUCAUAUGAGGAAUUGGCUGAUCUAUAUGUUGUUUAAUUUUAAUAUUGUCAACAAUAUUAUUCAACCUUUUAAAAAUAUUCGUUUUAGCUCCAAUAUUUUUAUGUAACUAGUAGUAGUAAUAAAUGUUAAGGAGUGAUGACUAUCUUUCUCAUAAAAAGUUUGAUGAGAAGGAUCUUAGUUUACUAUUAUAUGUGCAUUUUCCCCUUGUUUACAGCUUUCACCAUUCUUUAUUCAAGUUGUUGAUAUCCAAUGUAACAAUUAUAAAAUCAAUAAAGUUCAUUGUGCUUGGUA